CCACCCUUUUCCAUGAUGCAUCGUCAGAGAAGUACGACACCAUGACAUCCAGCAAAGAGAACGCCAAUUACAUCGACGAGCUUCGAGAGCCAGUCGACGGCUACGCAUGGUGUGUCCUGCAGACAGAUGCGCCAGACUGGUAUAUGUGUCCCAUAUACAAGACGAUCCUCGGUGAAGAAGACGCAUUCCAAGCGGCUUGCACAUCACCCCUCGAUCUCGCACCUAAUCUCCUCGGAACCUUAUGGUGAGAGUUGAGAGAGAAAAGGAGAAAAGGUGGGAUGAGAGUCGAGAGAGAGAAAAGGAGAAAAGGUGGGAUAAGAGUUGAGAAAGAAAAGGAGAAAAGGUGGGAUUAGAGUUGAGAUCUCUUCCCUCGGUCAAUUCUUUUCGGUCUCUCCCUCCUCCGCCGGCCCACAAAGCGUGGGGCACAUAUGGCAUUCUACUCGAGAAGCCCAACGAACCAACUUUCCUCUACGUCGGUUCAGGAACAAAUGAGACUACUGGUGUUGCUGGUCGUCUGCGAAACUACGACAGCCAAGGUGCUCUUCCCCGUCGCGUUCAGGAACAAUUGAACAAGGGCUACAAGAUUACGAACAA